CAGGCAGAUGUCAGUUUAAGCCGAGCAAGCUACGAGUGAGUACAUAAUAGAGAGAACUUUCCAAGCGAACUCUAAAGCGAGUAUAACAAAAUUAUCUAAGAACAACGAAAUAAAAGAAGAUAUAAGAAGGAGAAGAAACAACGAUUUCUUGGUUGGAAGAAUAUUAAAAAUCUAAAUUUUUAAACAUGUCGCUUUUACCGCUUCUUUUCUCCGAUUGGUGGGAGGAUUUGGAACGACCACAUCGUCUUUUGGAUCAAAAUUUUGGUCUGGCAUUGACACCUGAUCAACUGGUGGCCAUUCCGAGCAGAAUGGAAUUGCUCAGACCGAGAGAAAGAUGCCCGAUGGGUUAUUAUCGUCCAUGGGCUGAAAUGAUUCGUCAGAAAGAUAACGGAUCAUCGGUGGUUAACGCUGACAAAGACAAAUUUCAAGUUGUCUUGGACGUUCAACAAUUCCAACCGAAUGAGAUCGACGUUAAAGUUGUUGACAGAUUUGUCGUAGUUACGGCUAAACACGAAGAAAAACGUGACGAGCACGGAUGGAUCUCGAGACAAUUUGUUCGGAAAUAUAUGAUUCCAGAACAAUGUGAGAUCGAUGAGGUUACAUCGAAAUUGUCUUCCGAUGGUAUUUUGACUAUCACUGCUCCGAGAAAGGAACAACAAAAGGUGGACAAUGAAAGAACCAUCAAGAUCGAACAUACUGGAAGACCUGCAGUCCAGUCCCAGAAGGCUCAGAAGAAACAGGAAGAGGUGGAGAACAAGGAGGAAGAAAAUAAGUAAAAGUAUUUUCUUCUCUUAAAGAAGUAAAAUCAGAGAGAGAAUAUUGGACUAAUAUUGACAUUUCUUAUUUACUUUUUCUUGAUCAUUCUUCUCUUAAUAAUUUUUACUUUACCAUUUCAUAAUAAUUAAUAAUAGUUCCUCAUAUAUUAUAUCUCAUUAGAGUUAAGAUAAUAUUAUACACAAGAUAAUACAACAUUUAUACUUACACUUAUAAACUUAUUAUAACUGCUACAUUUGAAAUGCUGGUAUAUAAUAUUGUAGAACAAUUAUUGUAUACAUAAUAUCUCUAUCCAAUACAAUGUCAUUUGCACAUUUAUAUUAGGACAAUGUUAGCAGUUAAAUAAACCAAACAUUUCAUUU